AUGGGACCAUGGCACGCUGCAGAGGUGAGUAGCGGUAGCGAUGAUCCAAACACAACCGCAGCGCUUCACCACGCCGCUUCGAGCGCAGCCGCUUGCGCAACUGUCCGUGCUUCACGUCGUUUUGACCUAACUAUAUCAAGUGUAAGAUAUACGGCGUUGAUCAAUCCAUACGAAAUGAGAAUUCGCCUAUAUGUUCGACUUUACUUCAAAACCAUUCGAGGUCUGGUGCCACUUUAUCGGCCCCAGAGGGAUGAUGAUUUGUUGGCACAAGGCGGAUACGAACUUCUGGCCGUUCGUGUAGCCACAAUGUCUGAGAAGGAAUCAAGUAUAAGCAGAUCAUCUGUUUCAAGAAAAAAAUCCAAACCACCUUCUUGGGUUUACAAAAACACACAAAGGAAAUUGUCGGAUAUUCAAAAGGAAUAUGAGAGCGACAAAGGCGACCAAAAAGCAUGGCCAGGUGAAACGGAGACAAAAUUGCCGAAGAAUGAAAGCUGCGGAUCAGCUUUCUUUGAAGCAAUGGUACUAAGUGGACUCAUACUUUCUAGUGAUUCGCUUUUUUUCUUCCCAUUUUACGCAUUAGCAAAUGGAGGAUAUUUUUUCUUGAUAAUAUACUUCAUUAUCGGAUUAUUUAUUGUUUUCCCACUUGUACACUUGGAAAUGUUUGUUUCUCAGUUCACACAAAGUGGAAUUCUGAAGUCUAUGCGUCUUUAUGGAAGUAUUUAUACAGGUAUUGGAGUCAUUAUCGUUGUGUUGUCUGCACUUAAUGAGCACGUCAUUUUAUACAACGAAUACUUUUUGAUAAAACAUAUGGGAAAUGUUGCUGAUGAUCUUCGUCAAGUUGUUGACUGUAGGAGCGGGCAUGUACACAACGGUUCGAACUGUUUAUCAUCAUACAAUGAUCACCAGUGUAGGUUAAAAGGAUAUCGUUUUUUCUUCAUUAACGGCAAAUGCACGGAUAAUAAAGAAUCUACUCCAAUUAUUAAUCCAGAAAUAGCAACGCUCAGUUAUGCGGAGACGGCAGGUGUAUGCCCGCAGGCAAAGGUAUUGCCUGAUGACGACGUAGACGACUCGUGGCGUUGUACUGGUUCGCUCGACAAGUGGUUGACCAUGAAGACGACGUUGAAUAGGAGGAGACGGCGACGUGCAGCGGCUCGACAUAUACAACAACGACUUGACAUGGCUUCAGCGGCUCGACAUGACGGUGGCUAUACAUGGAUGGUGGACAGUGGGACCCACUUAGUACCUGGAACAUGA